AUGGAAAUUGCUAGAUCCGCAACGGCACAUUCAUCAACGGCUCCGGCUAUUCUCUUUUUCAACUACAUUCUUUCCGGAGGCGAUCUGAAGAAGGGAGGAGGAUGGUCCAAUACACGGAGGAGCUCUAUCUACAGGAAAACCACACACAGUGCCUCAUCAAAUCACAUGGAGAAAGUUUUGGUCUUUACUGGAAUCUUAAGCAACAAAGCUAAUGAGAAUCAUGAGUCAAAUUGUGUUACUGUGAUGGUGCCUCUUUCACAGGCGAUGGUGAGGACCAGAUGGCGAUCGCUUUGUUGCGCCAUGGUGCAAGGCGCGAGGCACAAGGCACACCCCACCUCGCCAUUGAGCGCCAUGCGCCAUUUAAAACAUAGACUUCCUUAUUUUGUAUUCAGUUUGGGAGUUGGAAGCUGCUAUGGAAAGUACGUCAUGAGAGCUCCAAUCUUCACCAUGUACACAAUGGCAGGAAUUUAUGCUGAGACAGUUUGACCAUCUCCAAGCUCUGGCAAGCAACAACUUAAAACUCCUAGGUAGGAGAAUUGUGGGGGUCACAUGGAGUUCAGAGAAAGAGCAGAAGAGUCCCACGUCGUCUGUGGUUUAGGUCCUCGGGCUCUGCGGAUACCAAACACUAUCAUGCAUGCCCAACUCUAUUUUUCAUUACUUUUCAUUAAUUUUCCUUUCUUUUUGAGCUUUUUUUUUAUAUUAUACUCCC